AUGCGUUUCUCUACUGCACUUGCCUUCGCGGCAGCUGCUAUCGGCAGCGCGCUUGCGCAAGACCCCAUCAUGGGCUUCAACAGCGGCUCCACCGAUGACAAGGGCAAUGCGAAGACCCAGGACGACUUCGAGAAGGAGUUCCGCACGGCGAAGGGCCUCCAGGGCGCGCCGGGCAACUUCACCACCAUCCGCCUUUACACCAACAUUCAGCAGGGAUCCGACAAUGAGCCCAUUGCUGCCUUCCCGGCUGCCAUCGCCACCAACACGAAGCUUCUGCUUGGUAUCUGGGCCUCGGGAACCAACAACAUCGACGGUGAGCUCAAGGCAUUGAGCGCUGCAGUCAAGCAGUACGGCACCAAGCUCACAGAUCUCAUUGUCGGUUGCUCGGUCGGUAGCGAGGAUUUGUACCGCAACUCGGUAGACGGUGUCAAGGCCAAGGCUGGUGUUGGUAACAGCGCCGAGUUGAUUGUAAAGUUCAUCAAGGACACUCGCCAGGCUCUCGCAAACACACCUCUCAAGGACGUCAAGAUCACCCACGUCGACACCUGGACUGCUUGGGUCAACUCUUCCAACAAGGCCGUCAUUGACGAACUCGACUUCCUUUCCGUAAACGCAUUCCCCUUUUACGAGGAGGAGCACGACAACACCAUCGACAACGCAGGCAAGCUUCUGAGCAGCGCCAUCAGCGCAGUCGAGGGCGUAGCAGGAGGCAAGGACGUCUGGCUCACCGAGACUGGCUGGGCAUACAGCGGCCCUGAUUUCGGCAAGGCCAAGUCGACCGUCGACAACGCUGCCAAGUACUGGACCGACGUCGGCUGCUCGCUCUUCGGCAAGAGGAACACCUUCUGGUACACUCUGCGCGACGCCAACCCAGCCAACAAGGUCAAGUUCGCCAUCACUGACAACCUGAGCACCACUCCUCGCUUCAACCUCUCUUGCCCUGCCAAGAAAGACCUGCCUAACCCGGAGACCAUCACCAACGGCAACAUCACCAGCGCUAGGAACACUACCUCCAACGGCGGUAGCAACUCCACUGGCGGUAGCAGCAGCAGCGGCGGAAACGGCGGCAGCCCUGCCAACGGCGGUCCUACACCAACCGGAACCAUGCCUCCCCAGUCCACCGGUGCGGGAGCCGUCAACUCGGUCUCCGUGUCCAUGCUCCUUUCCGUCAUCUUUGCCGCCGCCGCCUGGGCCUUUCCGUUCUAUCUCCCAUCUCGCCGCCUAUCAACCUAA